AUGGCAACAAGUAUGGGCCCAAAUUUUUCUGGGCAUCCUGCUGGCAUGGGGCAUCCAGGUGUCGCCGGCCACCCCAUGGGACCUGGUGGCAUGCCUCACAAUCCAGGUCAGCAAGGUGCUCCUGGGGGGAUGCCUCAUCAAUUCGGAGGACCUAUGGUCUCUGCUCCCGGAGCACAAGUAAACCCUGCCCUCAUGGGCGGUAUGCCGCCGGGUGCGAACCCAAAUGCUCAUGCUUUGCAGCACCUCAAUCCCACCGCGCAGCAGCAAAUGCUUCAGCAACAGCUCCAGCAACAACAUUUUGGUAAUCCGCAAGCGAUGGCUGCGAUGCGACAGCAGCAGCAACAUCUACUUCAGCAACAACAAGCGCGACAAAUGAUGGCUCAUCAAGCCUUCCAAAGCAACAUGCAGAGUGCCGGUAUGCCUAUCAACAUGGCGACUCAGUUUGGCCAACUCAACCCUCAGCAGCUCCAUUCACUCAGAAGAGGCCUGACUCCGGGAUCGCAUCCUCAAGCGAUUAUGGCCCAGCAGCUUGCUCUGCAGCAUCAACAGCAGCAACAGCAGCAGCAACAGCAGCAACAACAACAACAACAACAGGUUGCUCAUGCUCAGCAAAUGCAAGCUGGGCCUAAUCCAGGCCAACAGAUGCAGAUGAACGCUCAGAGCAUACAGGCUAUGCAGCAAAAUCAGCUCGCUCUUCAAAAUCAGAUGGUUAACCAGCAGGGCCAACAACCCCAGGGACAACCUCAGCCUCAACCUCAACCACAACAGCAGCAACAGCAGCCUGGCCAGCAACAGCCUCAGCACACCCCUCAGCAAUCAUCGCAGGCUGGCACACCCGCUCCCACUGGACCUCAAACACCAGCUCAAACGCCCAGCUCAACUCCCGCUCAGCCAUCCCAACUUCCACCUGGCCAGAGCCAACCCCAGGUGCCACAAACUCCUGCUCAACCACAAGCUCAACCACAGCCUCAGUCCCAGGCACAGUCACAACCGCAGCCACAAGCCCAGCCUCAGCAGCAUCAGAUGAGCGCCACAACCGCGCAGCAACUCGCAAUUCAAAGCCAAAUUCUCCAGCAGCGACGAGAUAGCAUGAAGGGCCAGUGUUUACUAAAGCUGAUGCAAUUCAGCGAACACUUGAGUGGCUUUCCCGGCUCAAAGGGACGAGAUGACCUCUCCUACUGGCAUGGCUUUGUGAUGCGUUUCUUCUCACCAAAUGGUGUCUUUCGUCAUUCAUUACAUAUCACGGACGCCGAGGAUACGACCGAUAAGCAAUAUGAAAUCGCUUAUCCUGCCAUUGCUCGAUACUUUCACACGCAUUUCGGCAGUGGGGUGAAAAAUAUGCAGUUGAUCAUGGAUAAGGGUGUGACAGAUCGACCUCUUCCCGGCGAUUGCCACUGUAUCGAGAAUUCGAAGGCCAGUUUCGUUUAUUGGUUCGAGACUGGAUCUCACUUGGUCGCUAGUGGUACGCUCCGAGCGCAAUUCGACGCUGAACAAAAGAUCGAACUUUUCGAGUUCCUCACCACGGGUCACGACGAAUUCAUAUCACGGAAACAGGUCAUUGAUGCCGCGAAGCCCGCCCACAUGUGGAUGAAGGAAUGGCACAAAACUAACUCACAGGAUGGCAAAUCACCCGAAUUGUCUAAGAAGGGCAAGGGUCGACAGUUGAAGUCACCUCAAACCCAGCCACCAGAGGUCCUAGUUGACCUGCCGGACUCGGCUGUCAACAGCAAAGGUGUGACUGAAGCUGUCUUCCAGUUUCUUGAGAUUGUUGAAGUGAUGGGACAGAUGAACCCAUUAUUCCAAUUUUACCAUUCGAACCCCGGCCUAGGACCGUACCAAGCCCUCGAUCAGUAUGUCUCAACACAGAUCAACGGAGUUGCGCCCAAUAUGAACGGUCAACAAAUGCCCCCCGGGGCCCGCACACCGAGCUUUGGACAAUUUCCCAUAGGUGCAAGCCCAGCCGCGGCUCAUAUGAAUCUCCCUGGAUCACCACACAUGGGCAGCCCAGCACCCGGACACAUGCAAGCCCCCGGAAUGCAGAUGCAGCAAAGCCAGCAGGGCACUGGCUCUAGCGGCCCCAGUGCAAACACAUCCCCCGCCUCGAACAAGCGACGACGGCCAUCAGCAGUGAAAGAGGAGGAUGGGUCUGGAGCACCUACGCCUGCUGCCAAUGGAAUGCCACGUAAUGCCAAGCCACCUACACCAAGGAUGCCAAAGCGUCUCAAGGGAAACCCGCCAGCCCAGUAA